UAUAAUUUCUCUCUACCCCGGGGUCCCUUCAGCGUGGUCCGGCGAUGCAUACACCGCACGACUGGGCAGCAGUUCGCCGUCAAGAUCGUGGACGUGGCCAAGUUUACCUCGUCCCCCGGACUCAGCACGGCGGACCUGAAACGCGAGGCCACGAUAUGCCACAUGCUCAAGCACCCGCACAUCGUGGAGCUGCUGGAGACGUACUCGUCCGAGGGCAUGCUCUACAUGGUGUUCGAAUACAUGGACGGCUCAGACAUCUGCUUCGAGAUCGUGAGGAGGGCGACAGCUGGCUUCGUGUACAGCGAGGCGGUGGCCGGGCACUACAUGCGGCAGGUGUUCGAGGCGCUGCGCUACUGCCACGAGAACGACAUCAUCCACCGGGACAUGAAGCCGCACUGCGUCCUGCUCGCCACCAAGGAGAACUCGGCGCCCGUCAAGCUGGGCGGCUUCGGCGUGGCCAUCCAGCUGCAGGACGGCCACAUGAUGAACGGCGACAACAUGAUGUCGGAGAACCGGCCGUGCCUGAGCCCCAAGGGGCAGAUGUACCUGAAGGCCGACUGUGACGGCCGCAUCGGCACCCCGCACUUCAUGGCGCCGGAGGUGGUCCGGGAGCAGCGCUACGGCAAGCCGGUGGACGUGUGGUCGGCCGGCAUCCUACUGCACAUCCUGCUGUCCGGCACGCUGCCCUUCCUGGGCACGAGGGAGCGCCUGUACGAGGCCAUCUGCCGCGGCAGAGUCAACUUGGACGGCCCGUGCUGGGAGUACAUCAGCGACUCGGCCAAGGACCUGGUCCGGCGGAUGCUGACGCCCGACUACCACCAGAGGAUCACGAUCCAGGAGGUGCUGUCGCAUCGCUGGCUCAAGGACCGUGACAAAGGCCGGUUGCACCUGUCCGAGGCCAUCGAGGAGCUGAAGAAGUUCAACGCGCGCCGCAAGCUGAAGGGCGCCGUGCUGGCCGCCGUGUCGUCGCCAAAGUGGAUCUCGUUCUACUCGGAGCACAACUCUGACGCCAUGUCCGACUACGGCGAGGACGAGGUCACCAUGUCCGCCGUUGGCCUGGUCAUGGACUCGCUGGACGACAUCCACUGCCUGCAGGAGGCCUCGCACAAGGACCGGGAGAUGCUGGUGCCCUUGCUGGAGGACCGGCAGCUGCACGCGUUGCUCGAGCUCUACGACCGCAUCUCGUCGCAGCCGCUGUCGCCCUCCAAGCCGCCGCCGAGCGAUGCGGUUCAGCGCGCCCGGGACGUGCUGGACGCGCUGGCGGCCGUGGAGGCCGACGUGGACAUGCACCACGGACACCAUCACCACCACCAUCACCACCACCAGCGCAUGCGGAUGGACCGGGAGGAGCUCCGCGACCUCCUCAGCAGGCCGCAUUUCAGGUGGCACAUGGGUCAACCAACAGUGUCUUACCAACAAACCGGCUACGAGAACAUGACGGUGGUUGGAACAGUUAUUCUGAUCUUUUUUCGAGAGCGCGGGUUUGCGUGCGUACUCACAGGGGCCAUGGUGCCCUACGGGCUGAGGGAGUAG